CCAGACAUACAAAGCGUCUUUUACGCCUUUGUCAUAGUUUGUCGGAGGUCAACGUCCAUAAAAAAAUCCCAUCCAAUUAUUUCUCAACGUGUUCCGGGUCUACCGGUCACCCUCCUCGGAUAUUACCCCACAUCCCCCACCUCCGGGCUCCAGCAUCUCCUGCGCUUCGUCCAAAACUUCCUAGCUUCCCGCAUAUCCAAAAGAAAUUUCUCUCGACGGCGAAGAAAAGGCAAAUCAGGGAAGAGAAACAUUUUUUCUUUUGGGUAUAAAGGAGGAGGGAGAUCAUCAAAAAGGAAAAAAAUGACAGGGUCGCCAAAAACACCACCAAGCGAGAGGAGCUCAUCGUUGAUGGACAACUUGUUGGGUCUGCUGAGGAUUCGCGUCAAACGUGGCGUAAACCUUGCCGUACGUGAUGUCCGAAGCAGCGAUCCUUACGUUGUUGUUAAGAUGGGCAGACAGAAACUGAAGACUCGUGUAAUAAAGAAGGAUGUCAAUCCUGAAUGGAAUGAGGAUUUAACUCUUUCUAUAACAGAUCCUAGUGUUCCAAUCAAGCUGAAAGUGUAUGACCAUGACACUUUUAGCAAGGAUGACAAAAUGGGAGAUGCUGAGUUUGACAUCAGGACAUAUAUAGAAGCCUUGAAAAUGAAUUUGGGAGAAAUCCCAAGUGGAACCAUUUUAUCAAGAUUGCAACCAGGCAGGAACAACUGCCUGGCCGAAGAGAGCACCAUUUAUUUGAAUGAAGGGAAGGUUGUCCAAGACCUUUGCUUCAGAUUGAGAAAUGUGGAGCGUGGUGAAGUGGAAAUUCAAUUGCAGUGGAUUGACCUUCCUGGGUCUAAAGGUUUAUGAAGUUCAUGAAUGCUGUCUUGUAUGGCUUGUGUCUCGUGUGUUCUCAACGGCACUUUCCAAAGCUUCCACUACUGGAUGCCCUGUGAGUUUUAUGGUGAGGUUGGUUUGUUCUUUGAACAGUUGAAUGUGUAGUCAAAUCUGUCAACUAGAAUCUGAAUUGUGGCUCAAAUAUAGGAUCGAACAAAUUUUGGUUUAUCUCAUCAUGUAUACCCAAUGAAGUAAUUACGAUUUUUACAAUGUAAUUUACUAAACUUAAUGGUCUUGCCAGAAGCUAUCUUCAAUACAGAUUGAUUUAAAUAAUAAUUCUAUUGUAUACAUUGGUGUUACAGUUUUAAUUAUAUCGACAAAUGUCCG